AUUUUGAUUCGAUUGAUUGUCGAACACGGAAGUGAAGUGAAUGAUCGAAUCGAUCUCGUUUCGUUCGUAUGUUGACGCUCGAGUUGCGAAAUGUCUUGUUGCUUCUUUAGAACUAAUAAAAAUGUCUAAAUUAUGGUGAUUUAAGUAGCCUGUGUCCUCGUAAGUGAAACCAGCUCUAAAUAUGGCCUCUAGGGGUGACAAAGGAAAUGGCAAUGGCGAAGAACAGAUUGUUGAGACGUUGGCGGAGGUGUUCCGCUGCUUCAUUUGUAUGGAGAAGCUGGUGGACGCACACCUGUGCCCUCACUGUUCAAAGCUGUGCUGCUACGCUUGCGUGCGGCGAUGGUUGACUGAGCAGCGGUCCCAGUGUCCGCACUGUCGUGCUGCCCUGCAUUUGCACGAGCUGGUGAACUGUCGAUGGGUGGAGGAGGUCACCCAACAGAUAGAAACCAUGCAACAGCAACAUGUCCAGUUGUGCUUACAAUGCCCGACUCACCAAGAGAAGUUGACAGUGUACUGUUGGACGUGCCGCCGCUGUAUCUGCCACCGGUGUGCGCUGUGGGGAGGCACCCACUCUGGACACACGUUCAAGCCCCUGGAGGAGGUGUACGAGCAACAUGUCACCCAGAUACGGGAUGAGGUUGCCCAGCUGCGCAGGAGGCUUAUGGAACUCAUCAGUUUGGUGCAGGAAGUGGAACGCAAUGUAGAAUCGGUGCGUGCUGCCAAAGAUGAGCGCGUACGUGAGAUCCGCAAUGCUGUGGAGCUGAUGAUAUCGCGACUGGACUCUGCAUUGAAGGCGAAACUGUUGACGCUGAUGGGACAGAAGAACAGCCUCACCCAGGAGACUGAGCAACUUGAGCAUCUGCUGCAGGAGAUUGAACAUCAACUACAUACAAGCACAAGAUCUGAAUUGAUAGCCAGGAGUGGCGAGUUACUGAAGAUGAUCCACCAAGUGCGCAAGAAGCCGAUGGCCAGUUUUGUGACGGCGCCUGUACCGGCCGAUUUCCACAGCGAAAUUGUGCCGAGCUACGAUAGCAGCACAUUCCCCCUGACGAACUUCACGCAAUUGCGUCACGCGGCUGCGCCCGUGUACUCCGCGCCGCUGCACGUCAACGGGCUAUGCUGGCGAUUGAAGGUGUACCCCGACGGCAACGGGGUGGUACGCGGGAACUACCUCUCCGUGUUUUUGGAGCUUAGCGCCGGCCUGCCCGAGACCUCCAACACUGCUAAGUUAAGAGUAGGGAAGAGAUACGAGUAUCGCGUGGAGAUGUUACACCAAGUGUCACGUGACCCCUCCAAGAACAUAGUCCGGGAGUUCGCGUCGGAUUUCGAGGUUGGCGAGUGCUGGGGCUACAACCGUUUCUUCAGACUGGACCUGCUGGCCAGCGAGGGCUAUCACAACCCGGAGACUGACACCUUGAUACUCAGAUUCCAAGUGCGGCCGCCGACGUUCUACCAGCGUUGUCGCGACCAACAAUGGUACAUCAACCAGCUAGUCACCAUGCAGAACCAGCAUGUCAUGCAAAUCAAUGAUCUCAAAGAGCGUCUCUCACUAGAAAUGUCGCGCAACUCCAUAGCGGCGACGCGGGCGACUCCCAACACUUCCAACAACUCCCAAUCGACUCCCGAAGACAACCCGUCGCAGAAUAACCCUGUCGACGGCAACUCCUUAUCGGAACCGAUUGUGUUCAACAAUCAGUGGAAGUUCAAUACAAGUGCGCAUGGCAUCAUGAGCGGCCAGAGGUUGAAUAGUCCAGGAAUCCUGAACACAGGCAUGUUCGUAGACGAGUCCCGCAACAACGACGUGUCGUCGCAGCCGGGCGUGGGCAGCGUGUCCAACGUUGGGGGCGUGGGCGUGGGCAACGUGGGCAGCACCUUCGCCUUCGGGGACUUCGCCACACCGCUGGACAGAAGGCUCCAGCCGCACGCUCUGGACGCUUACAAUCUACCUUCUACUUCUAGGUCAGCGAACUCGCUGCACGUGAGCCUGCACACGCUGCUGAACGCGGCGCCGAGUCGCGCGCCCAGCGGCAGCAAGCUGCUGGCCAGCAAGCUGCACAAGCACCAGCUGCCCGCCAAGGAGUCCGCCACGCUCGCCGCGGUCGCAAGCACCCCAGUGACGGAAGUGAGCCCCGCGAUCAACAACGUGUUGCUUUGUUCUUCUAUAUCGUCGCCUGAGCUGGUGGCGGUGGCGGGCCAGCAAGCCAGCCAGCAAGCCAGCCAGCAAGCCAGCGACCCGCGGAUACACAGCCCGCCGAUACACGCGGGCUCGGAGUCCAGCAGCGACACCGCGGAUCUGAUGUUCAGCGAGUUGGAAGUUUUCGCGGACGAAAACAACCCGAGUCACGUCGACGAGAACUCCAACGAGGAGAAUGAUGUGGACGACGAGGCUAUGUCAGGCGAGAAUGACAUCGAGGGUGCUUUCGGUCCGGCCGCCGAGUCCGGCGGCGCCGACAUCCUCAGCCGGCUGCUGUGCGCCGUGCACGGCCGCGGCGUCACGCCCGCCGGCUCCGACGGCUCCGCGCCCGCCAACCUCAGCGCCUCGCGACACGACAACGACCCCCAGUUGUCCACCGCGGCCCACACGGAUAUGCUGCUGUUGAAUCUUAUGAGGAUCAACGGGUUGACGCCCAAGCCGAAGAAGCAUGGUCCAAAACGCAAUUGGUCAUCUUCCAAGCCAGAGUUGGUACUCGGCAGCAGCCCCUCGACGAGCGGGGGUCGAGCGCGGCGCUCGAGCGGAGCGAUGUGCGGGGCGAUGAGCGGGGCGGGGAGCGGGGCGGGGGGCGGCGCGAGGCAGCGGCGAGCGGGGCGCGGGCAGCCGCUCUCCCCCGGUCAGCUGCGCAGGGACGAUGAUCUCAGACCUAGUGCUCUCGGCCCCUUGCCUGGCGCUUGCGGCCCGCUGUCGCCGGCGGCCUCGCCUGAAAGAGCCACACUAUCACCGGCGUCGCUGGCCUACGACUAUUGGCCGUCGGUCUCCUCUGUGUCGGACAAUGAUGAGGUCGAACUCAUUUUGGACUAUAACGACACCCUAUUCGACCUACUCCUGAACAGUCUCUCCAUCGACGGCGGCCCCCCCGGCGAAACGGAGUCCCCGCGCCCCGUCACCCCGCCCGUGCAGCCGUGGAGUCCUCACGCCACUCCGCACGCGCCGGCCCACGCCUCCCCGCACGCCACGCCCCACGCCACGCCUCACGCCACGCCCCACGCCACGCCUCACGCCACGCCACACGCCACGCCGCCGCCGAGAGACGCGGAUUGACGCUACACCUGGUCCAGGUAUCGCAAGGAGUACUUUCAUUGAAGAUCGUAUUAUGGUGUAGUCAAAUGGUUGGAUUUUUUCGAUGUUUUUAUCGAUUGAUUGAAAACACAGGUAAACAAGCAGUUGUUACAGAUUGUAAAGCAGAUUUAAUAUAUCCCAUGUUUGUGUAGUGCUUUAGCUAAAAAUAUUGUAGUAAUGUUUAAAUUACCAUUUCAAUAACUCAUGAAAUAUACAAAGUAUUAAUAAAUAUUUGUUGAAAAUUUCUGUAAAAUCAUAACAUCUUUGAACACAAAUUUUAGUUCAUAUUGUUGGGUAGACGUAGGAAGCUUAUUUGACUACACUUUUAUAUUCUACAUAAAAAUGACGAAUUGGCAAUCGAUUACGGAAAAUGCGAUUUAGGGAAUGCGAUUAAGUGAAGCGAUGAUUAUUUAUUUAUUGAAAGAUAUUAUAGUAAAUUUUAAGGAAUAUAUUCAACUUAUCCGAGUUCAUUUAUGUAGUUUGAGACAAUUUAAUGUUAUGAAAAUAUAUCUAAUAUCUGUCAAUAGAUUGAAAUAGCCUUUCUCCAGUGAAUACCAAUAAGUUGUUUGAAAUCUUCUUUCGAUACUUCUUACAUUGUAUUAUAGAUGGUUUCAUGUUAACUUAGAAUUAUUUUCAGAUGUAGAUUAGUUAGCAAUUUAAUUGGAAUAGACAAGCUAUAUCAAUAUUCUUCAGGUAUUUCAUCCUAGUUUGAAACACGUCAUACGUGUUAGGAAUAAAAAAUGUCAACUCCCGAUUUGUCGCGCUCAUAAAAAAUGACAGGUUUAUAAUGCCAAAAUACUCAGGUGCUUAUGACUGAAUUAAAAAAAAGCAUGGAAGUCGAUAGUUUUUAUUAUACAAAGAAAUUGUUUUUAUUCAUAAUUAUUUGCGUAGAUAACAAAAAUGUGGGGCAUUAGGUAGAAUAUAAACAAAAUUGGAUCUCUAAUACUUUAGUCAAAAAUUCAUGACAUUUUCGGUAGGUGCUGCUUCACUGUUCGCGUGAUUGAUCAGUUUCUAAAUUGUUUUGAAUGAUGAUUUUGUUUUAAAUUUGUUGAUAUUAAUUUUUCCUUUUAUAUUUUCAUAAAUAUGAAACCCAAAACAGGGUAAUUAGAGAAGUAGAUUGUAUGGUUCGUUGUUAAUAUCCGAAUUUGUGUAUGAUCGUAUUGUUUGAAAGCAUUUAUUUAUUUUUGCAUUUAUAAUAUGCCCAUUUUUAUUUACGGAACUUUCAUGCUGUCUAUAUGUAACGCACAGCUUAUAAUAUUUUUCAUAUUACCUUUAAGCCACCUAUAUAAGCUGUUAGGUUGACUAUUUGGUCACUAGAUAGAAAAAAUAUUAUUUGUUUCAUAAACCUAACCGAACAGUACACACAACUCAAGUGUGCCACUUAUAAAUAUUUUGAAAGUGCCAACAAUUUAACAACUGAUAUCACAUCUUACUGAAUUUUAUAAUUCUCAUUAAAUAGGAUGUUAUACGAUUAGUAGUUAAAUAGUAUUCCAUAUACUUGCCGUUAAAGAUUCAUUGAUGUUAGGUAUCAGGUUCGUAACACUACAUCCAUAGAAAAUAUGUAUCAUAAUCUCAUUAUAACAUUGUUCGGCCCCAUUGGGUCAAAGAUAAUAAUAGUUCAAAUUAUUUUAUGUGAUCGUAGCAGUUGGGACGUAGCCGUCCAGGUAUUAUUAUAUUUAAUCACUAAUCUUAAUCAUAAAAAGUUAAUUAAUGUAAGCGUAAAACGUAUGUUACUUAAAGUAUGAUGUGUUUCGUUCUUUCAAGGUAAUAAUAGGACAAAACAUCUAAAACAUGGUUUAAGUGUACGUUAACUUUUUAUGAAUAGGACUAUUAGUUUAGUUCGAAGUGACUGAGUUCAAAUGUGUGUGAUCUGUUAGAUAAGGUAUGUUCAGAACUGAAUAACAUAAGGCUUGUGCGUUGUGUAGCUGUGAUGGAAACGAAAAGCUGGAUGCGUCGCACGUUGUUUUAGUUGGAUAGUUAAUGUUGUUUUGUUGGCAAUCUAGGACAAAUGAAGACGUACAUGUAAACAAUCUAUAGUUUACUUAGGAACACCUAUAGUUACCUAUGGGCUACUAAAUCUAAUGGGCUAAUAAAUAUACUAUUAGUGAGUAUACGUAUUCAACAUAACUUUUUCGUUUUCACCUUGGUACCGGCUACAUUCGGAGCUGUGACGCUCAGUGAUCGCGUAAUUAAAUGUAGAGAGUUGUAGUAUUGCAACAUGAACAAUUGAAGAUAUUGUAUUUUAUAACUAUACCUUUCAAAGACCUAUGUGAGAAUAAUGGUCGGCAGUCUCACAACAUUUAUAUUUUGUUAACAUCAUAGGUGCGUCGCAUCUGUUUUUUGUUUCCAUAUUUAACGAAAAUAACGCAACAUUCUAAAGUGAACUAAUUCGUACAAUUUACGAGUUUCCUUAUCAAAGUGAAUAUUCUAUUUUUAAUGUAUUCCGAUGCUAAAGGUAUGCAAAUUGAUGGACUUAACAUAAUUGUUUCAAUAAAGUAUAUUAUGGAUGUCAAAA